UCCAUUGUUGCGACAUCAUUCACUAAAAUUGUCACUACGCUGCUGUACUCUUCAUCACAGAAGAAUUUUGGGCUUAGUCUUAUCUUCUUAAGGAUGGCUGAUUUUGAAGACUUUAUGAGAGUCUCUGAAGAGUGUUUAGAGGACAUAGAACAAUUUGAACGUUCUCCAUUCAACUUGGUAUUAACUGAAAGAUUACGGAAAACAUUGUACUUUGGAAAGGACACACCAGCUAGUGGUCAUGCUCAUCCCCUCACAGACCUAGCAUCACAAUUGUUCCAGAAUAGCAACCAAUCAGGAAUAAGACCAGUAGACACCAGAUAUGUUUCAAAUGUAGCAAGAAAAUCAAGUAUAUCCCCAUGUACUCUGAUGGUUGCAUUGAUUUACUUAGAACGACUCCGACACAAGAAUCCUAAUUACCUAAAAAAUGUGGCCUCUGCUGACCUGUUUCUUGUUACAAUGAUGAUUGCUACCAAAUUUUCUUAUGACGAAGGAGAAGAUGAAGAAAUGUUUAAUGAUGAAUGGGCUAAGGCUGGAAACCUUGAUACUGAAAGUGUACAUAAGCUAGAAAAAGAAUUUCUAUGUGCAAUAGAUUGGGAUCUGUUUGUCAAGCCUCCAGACUUCCUAAAAUGUCUCAAUCAAGUAGAACAGACGAUUGCUCUGAAGGAGGGUAGCAGGCGAGGAUGGUUUUCCUACACCGAUCUCUCUAUUCUCCUCAACAACCCCAACUAUCUACAGGCUAUGCUAACGAUGCUGGAUCACAUGAUGAAGAUCAUGUGUGCAUGUAUACUGACUUACAGUUUCUUGGCAACAUCUGCCAUUUUCUCUGUUGUUGCCUUCCACCAAGCACAAGCACCGACUUUGGAUUCCUCAACCCACCAUCUCAUGUUUGGAUCCUUAGCCAACCGUGCUACUCAAGCUAACGCUCCAUUGGACAGUGUGUACACGGAAAUAAUUCUGAAAAUGACAGGCGAACCAAUCACAGACAAUGUAUCAUCAGAACAUGGCUUAGAAGAUCAUGUUUAUGGUAGGAAGAUAGGUGAAGAACCAAUCACAAACCAUGUUUCAUCUGGAUAUUAUGAUACUGCCAAAGUGGCAAAAGGACGACCAAUCACACGUUGCAUCUCAUCCCAACUUGGAUUUAAGAAUCGUAGUCGUACCAAUGAAAAUCAUGAUGGACUGAAACCCAAUCUUGAAUGUGAACAUGUUAAUCGUCUGAGAAAGUCUAAGCCUGUGAUGGUGUGGAGGGAUCCAGUGCUAUUAAUGUCCCAAAAUCUUUAUAUAGCACUUACAACUGGUCUACACCAUCUGCAUGAUUCAAUUGGAGUCUUUGCUUCAGGAUGAACUUGUCAAGAAUACUCAAGGUGCCUGAGACAAAUUACAUGAAUAUUCUAUUUUUCCAGUUGGUUCUUUAGAAAUAAAAUUUAUUUACUCUUGAUUUGCAUA